AUGAUACAGAUAAAGAACCAGUCAGUCGUAGUUCAGACGGAAUGAAAUUUGCAACAAAAUGUGUUAGAAUCCAGUGAAUUAAAAUGAAACUAUUGAUUCUUAUGAUUCUGGUGGUGGUGGUUCAGGCAGAGGACGAUUAUGAAGAUGCGGUUCUGAACUAUUUGCUUUACGGUGACAGUUUGGAGGUACAACAGUCCGAUGAACUUGAAGACGGAGACGAACCAACGCUAUCAGGUGGUAUGUGGAAAUGUGGUAAAUGCACAGACAUAAACGACUCCAAACUGGUCUACAGCGAAGUGAAUGAUGUAGACGCUGACAUGGAAGCUGACAGUUCUGUGGACAUACAGCUGGGCUUCACGGUACAAGACAUGCGGUGUGUGACCGUCAAUGCUGACGAGGCGCACGUGGUGCGGCGCGUCUCCGGAUCCUGCAGCGGAGACACUGUCACCCUCAAUGUCGCACCCGCGCAUCACUUCGUCGUACGUGUUUAUUCUUAAUAAAAUUUAUUGAAAA